AUGGAGAAUAGAGCACCCAACCCACUUCAUCUCACCUCAUUGACGAUCCUCUCACCGUCCAAUUCACCAUUAUACGUGCAUUCAUUUACUGGGCCGGAAGAUGAGUUGAGGCAUUAUCAUCUGAGUCAUGCUGCUGUGGAUGUGAUCGAGGAGAGGAUCGUGAUGACUUCGACAGCUACCAAACCGGCUGAAUCAUAUCUGGGUUUAUUAUUCUGUAUGGAAGAUAUGGCAUUUUAUGGCUUCCAGACCACAACGAAAAUACGGAUGGUACUUUCUAUAGCACUGGUAGAUGCCAUGAUCAAAGAUGCCGAUAUAGUAGCGAUAUUCCGAUCAAUCCAUAAUCUACUCUUAACCAUCACGUCCAACCCUUUCAUCUCACUUCCAUCUACCUUCCACGCUAAAUCGUCCCCCAAAUACAUCGAGAACCAACGACCAAUAAUAGAAACAGAAACAACAAAAAGCAUAAGGAAUGUCAGUAUACCCGAUUCGAAGAUGUUUGGGUUUGGUCCAGAGGAAAUUAAGAGUGAUUGGUUGAAGGAUAGUAUGAGGUUUAAGAAGGGUAUAGAGAGAAUAGGGGAGAUGUUGAAUGGUCGGGCGUAG